AUGACUUGGCUUUGGGAAAAAGUAAGGAAGUCUUUCCUCAAUAGGACGUUGACUUUUGCCGUAGUGCCUUGCGUCAGUAGAUCUCCUAUAAGAGAUCAUUUGCAUUCAAAAAACAUAGAAACUUGUGAAGAAACAGAAGAUCAUUGGGGGGAUCGUCUUAGUCCGUGCCCUUUUUGUGGUCACGAAGAUAGCCCGAUUUUAGCUAGAAGUCAAAGAUCAUGCAGCGAUCCUACAGUAUCUGGAUAUUCUAGACUACCUCCAAUUAGCAAUUCAAACCAGUUUCUAACAUAUAGACCAACCAUAGCUCCUAUUAAUAAUCAAAAUCAAAUUGAUCAGAGUUGUAGAAACAUUCAAAAAAAUCUUCAAAUAGAAUCUAAACCUCAAUAUCCAACUAGACACGAAACCAGAGAAGAAUUUUUACAAGAAAUACGAAAAGCUCGUAAAAAUGAAAAUUAUAUGACCGUUCAGCGUUUUUAUAUGAGGUUGUUCGAUUCAUUUAGCGAGAUUUGUGCACUCUUUAAGAUUAAUCCAAAUCAAUCUGGAGCUAAACUAGAUGACCCUGAUCUUCAUUUAGAAUUUGUCUACGCUAUAAAUGAUGCACUCAAGGACUUGUCUAGUGGAAUUCAUAAAAUAGUUUUAAAGUCAAUAAUCAAUGCAUUGCUAGAAAAUAAUAAAAAUCUUUAUGAAAAAGAUGAAGUCAGAGCUUUAUUUGUAUUACUACAAUGUCCAGUUUUUGGAACUCAAUCAAGUGCACCAAUAUUUGCACAUUUACUAAACUAUAUUGCUCAAUUAAGCAAAGAUGAUCACCAACUAUUGGUUCAUUGGUUCAGAAUGUAA